AUGGCCGACCCCACGCUUCAUCUUCCCCGGAUUCUCUGCUUUCACGGAGCCGGCUCCAAUGCUGCUGUAUUUCAAAGCCAGUGCCGCGCCCUUAUUCCCCAGUUGCAACCACACUUCAGACUCUGCUUCGUAGAUGGCCCAUUCAUCUGCGAAGCCGGACCGGGGAUCCUCCUAGUGUAUGAACAAUCGGCUCCUUUCCGGCGCUGGCUUCGCUGGCGACUUGGCCUUCCACCCCUAGCGAAGAUGGAUGAUAGCUCGCAGAUUCCCGACGAGGAAGUAUACAAGUAUAUCGAGAAGAAUAUACAGGAUGCAAUGCGUAGGGAUGAUAACAAAGGAGCAACAGGAGAGUGGGUAGGCUUGCUGGGCUUCAGCCAAGGGGCCAAGUUAUGCGCCAGCUUGCUCUUCAGGCAACAGGUGCGCACAGAGAAGUUUGGUGCGGAGAACGCUGGUUCAAACUUUCGAUUUGCGGUGCUCAUGAACGGGCCGGGGCCUCUGGUGGCAUUUGAGAAGCCAGAAAGCAGCAAUCAUGAUAAUGUUGAUGAUCUGCAGCAAGAAAAACAGCCGCAGCAGCAGCCAAUUUUACGCAUUCCGACACUCCACGUUCAUGCAUUAGAGGACAGCGAUUUGCCUUACCAUCGAAUGCUAAGAAACCAAUUCUGCGGCGAACAAACAGCAUGGUUGAUUGAAUGGAAUGGCGACCACAGGAUUCCUCUUGCUUUGAAAGACGUAUCGCUUGUUGCGAAUCGAAUUGUGGAGUUGGCAAGGCAGACUGGCGUGAUUUAG